AUGUCCCAGGGCGCGGAUAUUGCGCAUGUGUUCUGUACGGCUGGAGCUGGGCCUAUUAUCAAGUCAUACAGCCCCGAAUUGAUAGUGCAUCCGUAUUUGCUGGAGUUGUCCAGACCCGAUAAGUCCAAACAGGAGUCCGUGACAAGCGAGAUUCGCAAGUGGCUCGACAAGUUCGAUGUGCUUGUAGUGGGGCCUGGAUUGGGGCGGAAUGACUUCCUGCAUGACUGUGUGGAUGUUAUUCUGACGGAUGCGCGGGAGAGGGACAUACCCAUUAUAGUCGAUGCGGAUGGCCUGUACAAUCUGACAAGGAAACCUUCUGUCACGCUUCAAGGAUAUCUCAGAGCUACGAUCACGCCCAAUGUCGCCGAGUUCAAGCGAUUGAUGGCCAUGUAUGGCCAGGACUAUAAUCAAAACGACGAAAUGAAGCCGGGAGAUGAUGCUGUUGCAUUGAGCUGUAAAAUGGGUGGCGUGACGGUUGUCCAAAAGGGACCGAAAGACAUCUGCGCUUUCGAGAAAGGAUUCGAUGUAUGCGACGAACCCGGUAGUCUCAGACGCUGUGGUGGUCAGGGAGAUGUACUGUCGGGACUAAUCGCAGUGUUCACAAAUUGGGCGUACAUGGCGCACGAAACUGAUCCUACAACCCCUGGAUUACCACAGUUGAACGGGGCCUUUGCCGGCUGCUUUAUAACCAGACUGACAGCACGAAGAACCUUCCAGCAUGUCGGACGGUCCAUGGGUGUACCGGAUAUGAUUGAGAUGCUUCCACGUGUCCUACUUGAUACCUUCCCCACUAAAUAUGGUAUGCUUGACGACGACGACGACACAUAG